AGUCCACAGUCCUCUGAAAAGGAGAGAGCUAUCCAAUACCUUUCACUUUGAAACUGUCUCUCAGCCCUUCAACUUGAGCACUAUGGAUUUGACCUCUGGAAUAGAGAAGAUGUGUGUGAGGCAGCAGCCAGUGGUUCCAGUGGUGAGGGGUGUGGCGUGUCUGUCAUGUAAAGGGAUCUGCUCUGGAUUCAUCCCACAUUCCUGGAGGAAAGUGUGCACAGUGUGUGGCUGCAGUGUGGAGGACCACGGCCCCAGUUGUGACAUAGACGAUGACCACAAGAUUGGGCAACUCCUGGCUGCCUCCAGAUAUGCCCACCUGACCGCCAAGGUGAAGGGCAUCCGGGUGUACAAACGUAACCGCAUGGUCAUCACUAACCCUGUCGUCUCGAAGAAGGACCCCACCUUCAACACCAUCACCUACGACUGGGCCCCACCAGGACUCACACAGAAACUGGCCAUGCUGUACAUGGCGUUGGUCCCGGAGGAGAAGCGUCCAGUAGCAGGGACUGAGGGAGCGAUGUACCGACGCAAGCAGUUGAUGAGACAGCUACCUGUCUACGAUCAGGACCCCUCCCAGUGCCACGGGCCUCUGUCUGAGGACCAGCUCCAGGCCAUGUCUGUCUUCAUGAAGCGCUACAAGAAGGAGGCUCUAGGAGUAGGAGAGGUGGCGCUGCCUGGGGAGGGAGGCGCUAACCCUCCGCCCCUCGUCAAAGGAGGUAGGCAGAAGAACGGGGCUGUGACCGGGGGACCUGGGAAGGCCACCAUUAUCCAGUCAGACCCGACCACCACCAACGGGACGGACGACUACUAUAAGAAGAGUAAAUAUCAUUGCAGUGGUUGCGGGGAGCUCACCCCCUGGACAGCCCUGUAGUCAUGCAGAGGGGCAGG